AGUAGGGAAAGCAGUUCAGGUUAAGCCGUAAAGUUCCACGACCUCUUUGCAUAUUUUCAUACUUGUGAGUCUAAAAUCGGUGAGAGUUCUUGUGACACAGAAAAAACUUCGUUCACUUGACACCGGCGCUCUUGAGCUGGGUAAGAAACUCCUAAUCCACCAAGAAGAUAAGUUUUCCUUGAGGGUCCGUCAAAGACUUCGUCUGCUUGCCGGCGCUCAACUAUGUUGGGCCUCCUCAAUAGUACGAAGAAGAAGCUAAGUAUCUAUGAGCAGGUCGCCGUCUCGCGUCGAGCCGGCGGCUCCACCUCGUCGACGGAUGAAGAAGAGCCACAUGAAGAGGGGCGUGGACUUCUAGGUGGAGGACUUUUAGGCGGACAAAAAUCCACAGCCAAUGUCAAUAAUUCCGAUACUAGUGAUGAGGACGAACAAAGAGAAGGAAAGAACCAGAAACGGGGAACUGCACGAAUCAGUGCGGCGAGUGUAGCCACUGGUCACUUUGCGCGGCUCUCGCAGCGCGCAGCGGCUUUACUGGGGCACGAUUUGAGCGAGAAGGAGGACGACCUGGAGUCGUGGCAUCAACAAGAGCUUUGUGAUGAUGAUUCACCGCCUGCGUCAAGUAUAAGUGCGCGUCACGAGCGCGAUAAUAGAGAGACAUCUUCAAAAACCAAGAAAGGCCAUAAGAAGAGCAAUGGUGGAGGCAGAGAUUCGAAGCGGGAUGUUGCAAACACGCCGCCUGAAGAACCUAACCCAGACGGAGAAAAGAGUUCAACAUGGUGGGACGGGUUUGCGCGUGGACGUCGACAGCUAGCAGUAAAGAUCCCACAGCCUUCAAUUUUCACAACGAACGUAACAGGUUGUUUUGGUGGUGAGCAAGGAGAAUCUAGUAGGCCUACAGGCGCGGCGGAACCAGAACCACAUGCCGGCGAAGGCAAUGAAAAGACCCCGAAAGCAAAAACAAGAAGGAGCAUAACCGAUAAAAGUGGUGAAUACAUUUACAAUGUGGUUAGCAAGUCGAUUGACACAAUCAAAGGAGCCGGGCAAAGCUUUCCGGGUAAGGCUACAACUGUCCUUGGAGGUACUUCGAAACAAGGACAACAUCACAACCGUUCGUGUCCAGUGUUCUACAAUGGAAACAAGGAAAGCAAAGUGCAGGAACGGCGUAGAAGCACUUUUACCAUCAUCACCUUUUGCAUGCUGCUUUCCGUUGCUGCGAACGUUGCUUUUCUAGUCUACGUGAUAUCGCUGUGGAGUAGGCUAAAGAGGCUAGAUCACUGAGGCUCGGCUAAUAUGAUAUCUCACACUAUAUCAAUUUCAUGAUGUUGUAAACGCAAGAACGAGCAAAAAAUGUAUCACUUCUUCAUGUUGAUGUAAAGAUGAAACAGAAAAAGUUAGCACAUCAAAAAGGCUGCAGUACUAGGAGCACACUCACACGCAUGACAAGAGUGACACAACUGAGUUGAUAGGUCCUUGAGCCAUAUGCAUAUAAGGACAAGAUAGAAGGUUAUAACAAGUUUUACUCGUCUAGUAGAGAUUGGAAAUCAACAAGUUCAGCUUUUCUUCAAAAUUGCAGUGUCUCUGUUCGUCCACAAACAUCCUCUGAUUCAGUAUUCAUAUUUACUAUAUAAAAGUAACAUAACCUCCCUGUUCUACUUCUAAUCUGUCUUAGCGAACCCCUUAGGAGCCGUCGUAGAUUAUAUCGACGUUUUGCUCUCCCCAGCAGCACAGACAUUUUUAAGGCUACCGUUCAAGCAUCCUCAGCGUCGUCCCUGGCUCUUUUUGUACUUGAAAAAGGGGCCAAGGAUGCACUCACGGAUGCUAGCGCGGUGGCUUUAAGAACAGCAGGUGGAGAGACGGAGCCACAUUCGGGUGGAAAGAUGAAGAAGGACAAAGAAACACUGAAUCUCGAGCUGCUCGCACCCGCAACGCUACCAUCGUGGGGCGAAUUCGGGGUGCCUAAAAGCGUGCGUACCUUUGCAGAAGAAGGUUUCGGCACUGCCUACGACCCUCGGACUAAGUCUCCGAUCUGGACGCUGGAGGUCCUGACAGCCGCAUCCUUGGCAAAUAACGUGAAUUUUAAUGUUAUGUUUUGGGUUCAACAUUAGCAUUACGUAUUCUUUCAUAACAAAAAACGUAUAAACUCAGAAGAGAUUCAGGGAAGUCGUAGGACAAUUCCGAGCCGACUAGCGUCAUCAUUCUUUCAUAACAGGCCCCCGACGCCAGGGGGAUGAUAUACGUUCAUUUCUCAUGAUAUCAAGGCGGCUGUUUGUUAUCCUUUGUUUUUCAUGAAUCAUGAUGUUCUUGACGAGGUGAAGCAGAAUUUGACUAAGUAAAUGAAUGUAUGAUGUUCUUGACGUGCACGUGAAUGGUGUGAGUUUCAUGCACGAAUGGACUGAGAGUCCGACUUUCUUCUUUCAUUGCAUAAGCAGCUGACAAGGCCAAGUGUAAGGCUUGGUUUGCGGCACCCGGGUUAGAUCUGAGGUUCCAGGACACGGAGUCGUUGUACAGCCAUUCCCUGUAUGACAUUAUGGCGCAAAAGAACCUGACUACUUUACCUCCGCGUGGUGCAUCCCGUUACCGUACUGCGCUGGUAUAAUGUUGACUGGCAGAGUCUCGGACUGUACUGAGUCUGCUCCUCGAGUAUUUUAACGGGAUUCAAUAUCCACGGGCCAGGCACUAGUGGAGGGUAGAUCUAAUGACGAGGGACACUUGGCCGCGGCUGCGAAUCACAAGGAAUCACGAGAAAGUUAUCUUGUGACGCAUUCACAUAUCAACCGUACACCGCAGACCGCUCCCUUCAAUCGUUAAGGUUGGUUGUUAGUUGUACUCUAUCAUUACCCUCUGAAGAUGAAAAGUUUUCUCUGGUGUAUGUGUUGGAAAGCGAUAAUCAUAAUUUUUCUAUCUGUAAGCUAAGGUGCGCCGCAUAAUUGUCUUGUGCUGUUGUGAGCUAAUAUUCUGAGUGAUGAACUACAAUUUGAGCCAAGAUCAAGAAGUACAAUUCUGAGAAAUUAUGUUAUUUACUUAAUCAGUACUUGUUCUUUAACUUUUCCCUUACAGUCAGAAUCUCAUUUUGGGUUUGUUUUUUCAGGAAUUACUGAUCAGUUGUUCAGGAAUAAUGGGUCGAUAAUGAAACAAAUCCAGGUCGUGGCCCAGCUUCUCUGCCUCUAACGUGAGGGCUACUGGGAGAGGGUAGAAAGAUGGGUUCGCGAGGACCUCGCACGGCAGCGGCUCUCGACUGGCUUUUUCUCGCGUGUCUUCGUAGCAAGUGGGCCGUUGUAUUUGAGCAGUGAGAAGAACAUUUGGGCGGACACGACGAGGCACCUGUUGAUUCACUACCUCAGUCCCAAACACCUACAGAGAGACGAAGCUACGGGAAAGACUAAGCCUAUACCGAAAGACCCGCCACAGACCGAAGAAAUGUUCUCUCCGCGGCUCCGCUUCCGCCGCGCUUGGAUCCCUACUCACUUUUUCAAGGUUGUCCUAGCGGUUCGCGAUCCUGCUUCAUCGUCUUCUAGACAAGAUGAUACUAGACGAGUGGAAAUUCCAAUUGAACAGCUGAUCUCAGAAGCCUACAGUGGGCACCAUCACGAGAUACACAACAAGAAAAAAACGGAAACCACAACCACAACAGCUGGAACCCUGGAAAUGGACGAGAACCAGUGCAAAACGAUACGAGAUGCGCAUGUGGUCCAAAGUGUUGAGGAAGUAAGCCUGCAGAGGCUCAAAUCGAAGCUCAGCUUAAGGCUAUAUUGAUACCUAGUUCCUUUGACUUAUGCUCGUCUCUUAGCACUGCUGCUUCCGGCCGCUUCACAGCUUAAGGGUGUAUAUCUACCAGUAUCUCCAUAAGCCCUAAAUAUUGAUCGCAUCAUUCCCCAUAGAGUUACAGUUAGAGAAGGGAUGCUUCCCUGGUUUCAUCCUCUUCUUUUUGAGCAGAUCACACGUUGUUUCUGAAAGAAAUUAGCUGAUAUAUUUAUAUAUAACAAGAUACUUACUUCUAUAUCUUACCGUUGUUCUCUAAUGUAAGACUACAUGAGUAAAUCGGGAGGCACCUUUUCCACAUUUCUUGAGCACUCUAUUGAAGGUGGCCGAGCCGUAUCACCUGCAACGAGUCCUGGAGCGCCGGCUGCUGAAGGUAGGGAAUCCACGACCUCUGAUAGUGACGGUGAUGUUGCGCCCAGUGCUUCUCCGAAAUCUGAGUCAAAGGCGGGAGCUGCUACUAGCAUAUUUUACAACGCUGACAGGAGAAGGAGUGCGAGCAGAGGUAGCAGCCGCAGCUGGGAGACCUCGACUGAAGACCACGUCAGGGAAGAGCGCGAUAGAACUAGAUCUCCCUCACCAUCAUCGCCAUCAUCACCAUCUUCCUUAUGGCUAAGUACCUUUAAAUAUUCCAUCUCUUUAGGGAUUGUCCCUCAAUCGCACAUGAGCGACAUUGACUCUUGUUCGGGGAUCCUUAAUACUACAGGGAAGGUGAACUCGGGGGAGCUCGUCUAACAUCUUCAAGAACGACAAGUAGUAAAUCAGCAGCAGGAGCUGCUCCGUCCUCAAGCUUCGCUACUAGAAGCAGCAAACCUGAGUACUGGAUAGCGGGCUUCGUGUUUCCUCACCAGGAGAUUGCCGUCGGUACGCCUCUGUGGAGUUUCCACGUGCCGGUCGAUAUAAUCGAGGCUUUAGCCGGCGUCGAGCUCUUUCCGGCGUUGUUUAACAGCGAGGCACGCAAAGACCUGUUACAUCGAGUGGGGAUGGCACUCUACCAAACACCCGCAGCGUCGGGUCCGUCUUCCGUGGGGAAAAACGAGGCCUUUGAGCGAGAUCUUUUCAAAGACUUUGGCGAAAAACUUAUGACAAGGAAAUAAAGCUUUAGCUUACUCAUUGAUUAUACUCAAAAAAUUAAGUUCUUGUAGGUAGAAUGAAAUGAUAAUUAGAAAAAUUAUUAUUUUCCGUGUGAGUAUGAGUAUACUCAAAUAUUUAUAUAAUAUAGCUUAAAUUUUUUCCUUUCAUAAAACCCUACCCGAAAAGCCUCGCGGCUGCGCUAGAGCCAGCUCUGGUGACUGAGAAAACCGAGGAAUGGAAAGCUAAAGAGAAAAAACACGCGGCAGCCUUGCCGACGCGUGUUGGCAAAGACGGGAGGGACUGGUUGGUCGGAGAGCGAGACGGACAGAGGAAAGAUCUAUUUGCCUCGAUUAGCGAAGCGAAGUUGAUUACGGCUACCGCUGAAGCAUCCUCAACCUCAUCCUUGCUUUCUUUUCUACUUGAAUGAGAAGCCAAGGAUGCUCUCAGGGAUGCGAACGUGGUAGCUCUAAGGUGAAUCUCUUACCGCUGUGCCAUUUGGACCACUGCGGAGCGAAAGCGGCUCCUUGGGAAGACUCUUCCACUCAUUAUACUUAGAUGUCGAUGCAGUUUAUGUUGUUGUACUUAGUUUAGCUCAAGAAAAUGGAAAAUCAUGUAGUGAAUGAUAUUUCUGGACUUGUUUAGAAAGUGAAAAAUAUGAAAUGUUUUGUAUUUUUGAUUGCACUGACUCGGAGAAAGGAAGUAGAGCCAGGUGUUCACUAAUUGUCGUUGAUGAUUAUUUAAGGCAGAGAGUUUAUACGCAACUGCACGUCCGUAUUAUUUUGAACCAUAACUUGGGAUCCAUUAGAGUGUCGUUUCGGCGCGAUAGUUUUUUUGUGUUUACUGUAUGUUCCGCCGCGCAUAGUGAGUAUUAUAGCAUGAUACAUGAGCUCAGAGCCAUAAACAUAAUCAUGAAUUAUCAGCAACGUGGAAAUAAUUCCUACAUAGAAUAGAUGUUACAGACACAGAAAAAAUUAGACCUCCACAUUGGUCAACGCAAUAGUUCUACUUUUCCAUGGUCGUUGUGCCUCUCGCUACUAGUGAAAGAUGUAAAAGAAAGAUUGACUUUGUAUUCAGAAACUUUGUUAGACUCUUUCAAAUGUUAAUUGCUACUGCGCCAGCGCCACCAGUCAGAUCACGUGCCACGAAGAUUCGAAACGAGUUGUACCAAAAGGUGAAGCGACACACGCCCCUCCACCUUGUCGUGCAUGGGUAAGGCAGAAGUGCAU